UAUAAUUUUUCGUGUUGCUUUUCCUGGUCUUCAUCUUUGGCUUCCAACUAUGCUUGCUUCACUCAUAAGAAAACCAAAAUUUACCACCCAACUUCAUCAGUUACUUACAACACUUAAUGCAGUUGCACAUACUCAAAGACAUGAACGUAGAUUAGAAAAUAUUAGAAUGAAAGCAGCAAAUCCGCGUGAAAAGGUGAUGAUAUUUGGAAUAUUGGAGUGAUUGAUAAUAUAGAUUUAAAAGAGAAAACAUUCGCUGAUUCAAAUAUUUUUGACCAAACAAGAAAUACAACACAUGCAACGUUACGUAUGGUAAAAUGCCUACUUCACUUUCAACUCUUUUGGGUAACAUUCUUCCUAUAUCUGAUAUUUCAACUUUAAAACUUUGGGGUGAGAAUAUUAAAGCUCAACAAUUCAUUUCUAAUUUUCAUCAGGUUUUUGUAGAUUUUUUACAAUUUUCAAACUUAGAAAAUACUUUCAAAUACUUUCAAGAUUUUGAUUUUCCCGAUAUACAUCAACAAAUUAUUAAUAAUGUCGAAUUAGGAUGUCAGUUACCACCAGCCAAUGUAGUUAUUUUAGAAGCUGGAAAUAAACCAAGUUCAAAUGAAGGAAUAUUUGAAGCAUGUGAUAUGUUUUUACAAGAUUUUAAUAUAGAUAAUAAUAAAUAUAUGGAUAUUGUUUCUGAUGAAGCAAUAUUUCGAAGAACAAUACUUUAUCUUGAAAAUCAUGAAUAUACUAGAAUAAUCCGAGUGAUACGGAAAGUUGUGGAGUCCGGUGGGGAUGAUGAGUGGAGUACGGUCCCCUAUGUGACAGUUUACUCAAGUGAUAAAUAACACGACGGGCCAAACACGUGAUUCAGAGUGGGCCGAGCUGCUAUUCAUCACCUGAGUACGCUUCACACCCUUUAUGUUACACACCGCCAAAUGUCACCGUACUCCACUCAACAUCCUCACCGGACUCCACAACUAUUCGUCUCACCGAAUAAUCCUGGGUCAAUGGCAUACAAGUAAGGACAUGUGUAGCGUACUUAUUACAAUUUUUUCAGGUUUUGGUAUAUUUAAUUUAGCGGCAGCUUUGGGAACUAAAUUUCUAGAUAAAUUAGAAGCAAUAGUUGAUUAUCGAUCUACUUGUCGAGUAUUUGGUUUGUAGUAGGUGUCGCACUUCAUAUUCAUUUAAAAAAAUAUAAUAAAACAAUUGAACAAAUAAUGAAUGAAGACAAUAAUUUGGUAAAGACUUGGUAUUUUUAUUUUAAAUGGGCUGGAUUGUGGAAAGCGCAUCGAAUUGGAAUUCGGAUGGGAAAUUUUGAAAUGCAGC